UAACAGAGUCGUUGUCAAUAAUCGACGAGACUUGUCACCUCUCCGGAGUCAACGAGGCUGCUGCACUUGCAGUGAGCACCAGCACGCGCGCACAUCAUCCUCUUCGGAUCUGAUCCGGCGAUGGCUCCGCCGCUUCCGCUCCUCGCCGGCGUCCUUCUCGCGGCCACCGUCUCCGUCUCGCUCGCGGCGGCCUCCGCGGGAACAGUGGUGGAGUUCCCGAAGGAGGCCCUGCCGACCAGCUCCGGCUACCUGCCGCUGGACCCGUCCGGCAACGCGUCCAUGUUCUACGCCUUCUACGAGGCCAGCCAGCCGCUCACCGCGCCGGCCGACACGCCGCUGCUGCUCUGGCUGCAGGGCGGGCCCGGCUGCUCGGGCCUCGUCGGCAACUUCUUCGAGCUCGGCCCCUACCUCGUCGCCCCGGACGCCGCCUCGCUCUCCCGCAACCCCUUCGCCUGGAACCGCCGCUUCGGGCUCCUCUUCCUCGACAGCCCGCUCGGCACCGGCUUCAGCGCUGCGCCGUCCCCCGCCGCCAUCCCGCGGGACCAGGCCGCCGUCGCCGCGCACGUCCUCGCCGCGCUCCAGUCCUUCUUCGACGCCAGCCCGCCCUCCUUCCGCGCGCGCCCCUUCUUCCUCUCCGGCGAGAGCUACGCCGGGAAGUACGUCCCGGCCGCCGGGGCGCUGAUCCUCGCCGCGAACCAGGGCCUGCCGGCGGGGCGGCGGGUCAACCUCCGCGGCGCCGCCAUCGGCAACGGGCUGACGCACCCCGUGGCGCAGCUGCCCACGCACGCCGACUCGGCCUACUUCACGGGGCUCAUCAACGCGCGGCAGCGGCGGGAGCUGGAGGCGCUGCAGGCGUCGGCGGUGGCGCUGGCGCGGGCAGCGCGGUGGCGGGAGGCGUCGGACGCGCGGGGCCGCGUGCGCUCGUGGCUGCUGAACGCCACCGGGCUUGCCACGCUCUACGACUUGGGCAGGCAGCGGCCCUACGCGACGGCGGGCGUGGCGCGGUUCGUGAACCGGGCGGAGGUGAAGGCGGCGCUGGGCGCGCGCCGGGACGUGGCGUGGGAGCAGUGCAGCCGCGUGGUGAGGGAGGCGAUGCACGAGGACAUGAUGAAGAGCGUCAAGCCGGAGGUGGAGGCGCUGCUCCGGCGGCGGACGCGCGUGCUGCUGUACCAGGGCAUCCGCGACCCCUGGAUCGGCGUGGCGUCGCAGGAGGCGUGGAUGAAGGAGCUCCGGUGGGGCGGGCUGCACGCGUUCGAGGAGGCCGAGCAUGCAGUGUGGCGGACCGGCGGCGUCGGCGAGGAGACGGAGCUCGCCGGGUACGUGCAGCGGUCCGGGGCACUGACGCACGUCGUGGUGUACGGCGCUGGGCACAUGGUGCCGGCCGACAACGGGCGCGCGGCGCAGGAGAUGAUCGAGAGUUGGGUCACCGAGACAGGGGUGUUUGGCAACGGCGUUUCGCCCGGGUUGACGCCGGCCGGCGCCCAGUUCGCGGCGACUUGAGGCAGCAGGGGGACGAACCGAUCACUUGCUCUCGAACUGUCAUUCGAUAACCAGUAAUGAUUUUCGUGGUGUAUCCAGCAGAGUGAUCAAAUUAAUCGCCAUUGGGCUUCUCGCA